UGAGAGACAGACAGAGAGAGGGAGAGAGAGAGAGAUUAAUAACUCAAAUUCACAGUUGAGAGAUAGCCUGCCAAUUGAGAUGGCUGAAGUAGGAGAUCAGUAUAGACUUAGGCAGAAGAUUCCGAGAAACCGCUGAGAAAUAAACAAAAGAAAAAAGUAACAGGAUAAAGAGAAACGACUGAAGAUCUCGAGCUUUAUAAUUGUAAGGCCCGGCAACACUGUGAGAAGUGGACUGGCGCGAUGGGGACAUGGCAACAUCACGGAGAGCGGGACGCCCGUUACCGAGUUACCCCUCAGGUGAUCGGUUGCACUAUGCUGGGAUGCGUCUGUGAGAGUUUCCAGCCGGAGAAGGCCAACCUGAGAUCGUGUGGCCAGUGUCAGCAUGGCUGGGUCGUCCAUGCCCUGAGUAAGCUGGGCACUCCACCUGUGCUGGGUGUGCGUCAGGUGGAAGCGGUGCGAGCGUCGCAGGUUUAUGACAUCAGCAGUCUGAUGUUGUUCGGCGCACAGGCAGUACCCACGCGCAUGAAGAUCCUUCUGGAUCGCCUCUACAGUGUACUGCCCCCUGCUGACGUCAGGAACAUACUACACUCAUUAGGCUGGACCCUCAGGGACUAUGUCAGAGGAUACAUACUGCAGGACACUCUGGGUCGGGUUCUAGAUCGAUGGGUGAUGAUGUCACUCGAGGAGGAGGCAAUGACCCUGCAGCAGUUCAUGCGCUUUGGCGAAACUCGCCCCAUCGUGGAGCUCAUGGGGCACCCGGGCCAUGACCUCAACAUUGCCACGGCAACCAGGCCAAACUCUGACAUCCGCUACUUCAUUGAGUGCAGUAGUCAGUCACGUGGUGCUGUGUCACCGUUGGGCGGGGCCAAUCACAGCUUGCACCACUUUGAGAACCAGCAGGGGGCGUGUGUGUCCCUCCUCUCGCCCGUCCCGUUUGGCACACACACACUCACAGACACACACACACUCACACAAACACCUGCGCUCACACACACACAGGGCCACGCCAGACUCAGCAGCCAAUUAGAGCAGGCGUCAAAGACCAACUCACCAAUCAGGGAUGGCCACGGUAAGGGAGGUAGUUUUGACGGGGAGGAGGUGAAAAGACAAAGAACUAGUGAAAAUAAAAGAGAGAGUAGGGGAAGUGGGGAGGGAACAGGAGUGGAAAGAGGUAGAGAGAGAGGAGGGGAGGAAAGAGAAAGUGGCCUCUGUGACAUCAACACAUUCUGGCCUGCUUGGGGUUACUGUUACCAGGGCACCAGACUAUUACGAUAA